AUGCUGAUGAUGGAGGCGUUGGAAGUGGACUACACUGUUGGAAGUGGACUACACUAUGAGCCCGGCGCUUCAGAACCCAGUCCAUCAGACAUUUUUAGCGAUGACAUUUUGUCGGACGCCCUGGUCCCCAAGAUGCCUUUUACAAGCCUAUGCAGUUUUGAGAUGGAUGCUCCCCCAUCGGCAGUUGCUGAAACCUUGGCCAGUGUUGCAAACCCUGUUCUGAAACUGCCAGUUUUUGAGUCUUGCAUUCCCAGUGUUGAUGACCUUAACUUUCACUCGAAGCGUCAGCAGCUCAGAGACGUGGCCGUAGGUAAGCUUCUUGUUGUGAUGUUCUGCAACUUGGGAGCAAGCGAUACAAGCGGACAGUUUUUGGAAGAAUGCGCUCAUGAACAGUCGCAACAGAAGGCCGAUGACAUUUUGGAUACUGUUCUGGGGGUCAGAUCGCCUGCAACCCUCAUCAAGAGUGCAGUUUCAAGCCGGCGAUUGAUUGGUGCGUGCGAGUUGAUGCUCUCAGGAAAGGGACUGCUUAAACAGGCCCUGGUAUUGUCAUCAGGGAUGAUGGCUGCCCCGAAAACCAGGUUGCUGCCGGUUGUUGUCCCUGCAAGGGGCGUCGAUGGAAGCAAUUGGAAGAGCACUGCAUUGAAGGUCAUUUCUGAGUUUGGUUGCCCAACAGGGAUUUUCAAUGAUGGGCCCCUCUUGCCUGCUCCUUCGAAGGGUUUUGGUGAUUUCAUGCAACGUGGGUUGAGGUCCUCUGAAGUUUCCAAGAUGCUCAGAACCUUUUUAGGUACCAGCAGUGAUACGAGGCCUGACUCAGGUGAGAUCGCCUCAAGCCACAGCUUGAAAGCCAUUUUUGCUUGCAUGGACAGCGCACUUCGGCAUGACCCCCCAGACAAGGUCGCCUUUGGGGCCAACGCAGGUGGUGUGGCAAAAGACAAAGAUGUUCAGGUGAAACUUGAGGGCCUCGUUGACAAAACUGUUGAACCCCUGGUGACGAGCCGGGGGGAAGCAGCUCAGAAUCGAGUCCAAGAUGUAGUGACGCUGGAUCCUCAGAUUGCUCUGAUGUGGCAUUGGCGCAACCUAGUUUCAAGAACACUUUGUGCUAAUCUUGUAACAGAAGGUGACUCGGCCAAAACCGGCCUUGGUUCACAAGGAGUGCAUCUCGCAGGUGUACUCCAACGUAUGGCACGGCAAACCCGCCUAGCCUCUACUUGGUUCAAGCUCAACAUGCACGUUGGACAGGUGAAGGCCCCUGUUCAGUUGCAGCAGGCCUUGAAGAAUGCAGGAGUCAACACGACUUUGUCAUUAGAAUAUGCACAUGGCCAACCAGGCCAGCCAAUUGUCGCAGCCGACUUUGAAGCAUGGGUUGGGCAACUUGACCAAGCCGCAACAGUUGGUGGAGUCUCAUCACUGAAACCGGAUGCAGCGGGUGUUUUGGUCCCGGAUGGAAAGCUGGAGGAAGCGCUCAAGUCGUAUGAGGUAGAAGAUGUUGUAACUCACAGUCUGAGGUUCUACUUCAUAGUGGGUCACUAUGAAGUAGAACCUCAGAAGAUUACAGAAUGCUGGUCGCGUGCUGGUGCAGACCUGACUACGCCUGAAAACCAAAACCUCUGCUGGAAGUGGAUUCCUCACCUAGCUGUGCAUGAGUCUCCUGUGCGCAUUCAUGCGGAACUUGCAGCCGGGCAAGGGCAUAGCGGUCAUCCUUCCAAAUGGAUGCACUGUCCUGCAGUAGCCCUUGACCCUGACGAUAAUGCUCGUUGGGUUUUCGUGUUGCGUACCGGUCUUGUGAAGCCUCUGUCGAAGCUGCGGUUGAAGCUGGACACCCAGUCGCCAAAGACAAACACCUCCCAUGGUGAAGGUCUUAAGGAUCCUCGCCCCGAUGAGGCUGCUGGUGUGGAAGGGAAGCAGGAGUCCGAGUUGGUUUCGGUGGUGGCAUUGCAGUUCUCAAUUUUCUCGGGUGUGGUGCGUACCCAACAAGCAGCAUUAGUUUGCGGUGGUAGGAGGACCGUGAUCUUCGAUGCUGUACUGUCGGUGAAUCCUGCAGUGUCAUACCUUGGUUUGCCUGUGCGAAAGUAUGGACGAGGUCCUCAAAGCCUGUGCAAUUUUGCUGGAGUGCUGCGGGCGCUCAGACUUCAUGCGGUCUAUUUACCACUUAUGGAUGUCCUCAACAUCGUGAAGGACUCCCUCCUGAUCUUCCAGACCGCGGUCGGCCUUUUCGAUUUAUAUGAGGCAGCUCAUCCCCAGCCUGCCGCUGCCCUUCCUGAUGUUGAGGACACUCCUGAGUCUACAGACACUCCCAUUGGAAAGCAGCCUGUGAAGUCCUCUGGAAAGGAGUGGGGUACGGAUGUGAUCUUGGAUCUGCUCUGCAGUUCGAGAGCCAUGUCGUCUGCUGAUGGCCAGCAUGUGGAGGAAGUGGCCUCUCCAGCCCGUCCGGGUAAUGUGGAAGCGGAGCUCCCGGAUGCGGAAGAUGUUCCGGAAGCCAAGCGAAAGAAGGAGGGAGAGCUCAUCUACUCCACUCUGAAAGAGUGUGUUCUGGAGCUGGUUCGCGUAUCCUGGGAUUGGGUUCAAGACGCCAAGUUUCAGACCCCUAUGCACCAAUGGAUCAAAACAACUUUUGGCCACCUCACAAAGAAGCUGGAUGAGGUCUAUGAAGUCAAUGUGAAGUCCAAGGAGCAUCAGGGUGCCUGGCAUGGAGCUGUGGGGACACCCCCAGUGAAAGAGCCGCCCGUCUCCAUGGCAUGGUUUCCUCUGCCAUCUGUGCCGCCGAUGUCACAUUUGCCGGGCUACGGUGCGAAUGUCCGAAGUGGAGGGGCCAGCGAGAGCGGCAUUCGCCGCGAGCUGCACCCACCGCCACAUGAGUUGGAAAGAGGAGGUCAGAUCCAUAUCGCCGUCUCCGUAUUCGGAGGAGCAGAAACGCGCCGUGAACGCGGGGUGCCCGUGCUUCGCAUCGAGUCUACACAACUGACAACCCAUGAUGAUAUGAACGAGGUGAAAAUAUGCAUCUGUCUUUUAUUCCUCUACCCCUAUCUGUGGGAACUCAAUUGCUACUCUUCUUUGGCUCCGCUGUGGGACCAACAUGGUCGCAAGGAUUAG